UGUUUCAACUUUCAAAGGCGAAUUCGUAUCCAGACAAUCUCGUAUUUACAACAUUAUUACCUAUAAACUACCACCAUGAUUAAAAUGGGACAUCCUUUGUUUGCCCUGCUAAUUCUGUCGAUGGUGAUUGUAAGCUUUGGAGACAAAGUGAAAAAUAUAUAUACAUGGAAAUUUCCUGAAUUUGAAUGGCUCUCCAAGGAACAGGAGGAAGAUGCGAUACGUUCUGGUAUCUAUAACCCUUCCAACUGCGUGUUUCAUGAUGCAAAUGAAGCAGAAGAUGGAAGAAUAUUCAUUACUGUUCCCAACAUGAAAGCACGUGCUUCACCUGCUUCUUUGAUGACAGUAACUAAUAAGACAGGACUAGGAGGUCCAAUUUUACGGCCAUAUCCAGAUUGGAAUUGGCAUAAUAGCAGCUGUGAUGGUAUCAUAAAUGUUUAUCGAAUAGACAUUCGAUGCAAUCACCUCUUCGUUAUGGAUAACGGCAAAAUCGGAACCGAUCAAAUCUGUAAUCCAAAACUAUUGAUUUUCAAUUUAAAAGGUGAUAGGUUGGUUAAAAAUAUUCACAUCCCAAUUGCUGAUAAAAUGGGAUUAUUGGUAACACCUUUGGUUUAUAUUCCAAAUGAAACAUGCAUGCAGUUUCUGGAUAAAAUGAUAGUAUUUAUGACUGAUGCGGGAGAUUCCAGUUUAGUGGUGUAUAAUUCAUUUACAAACAGUAUGUGCAGAGUCGAAUCUGAUUACAUGAAACCGACUGAUAGUUCCUUCUCUAUAGCAGGUGAAAAUUUUACGUAUGUGGGCGGUAUCUACAGUAUAACAGUUCUUAACGAUGAUCUCUAUUUUAAUCCUAUAUCAGGAAAGGAAAUAUACAAAAUAAAGAUAAAGAACUUACUAGAAUGUCCAAACAAAGAAAAGGCUAAUAAACAAAUUCAACGUAUUAAAAAAUUAUCAAGCCAGACAGUAGUUCUCAUAUCAGCAGGACAAUCAAUAUUUUAUAGCGAUUCUCGGGCAAUGUCUAUUCUACGCAUGAAAAAAUCCGAUAAGAUAUAUGAAACGGAGAUAUUAGCACAAGACAGCGAAAAAUUUCAAGGUGUAAGUUCGAUGAAAAUUUCAAAAAAUGGAUGUCGACUGAAGUGCAUAUCUGAUAGAUUUCAACUUUAUGCUUUAAACAAAUUGAACAUAAAUGAAACAAAUUUUCGUUAUUUCGAAAUACAUUUGUGCUAAAAGAAAUACAGAAUUAGAAGAUAAAUUACAACUCUACACUAAAAGAAAAGAUUAGUUACUGCAGCAAAUUAGAUGAUUAAAUAUAGCACAACAUUUUUAAUUGGCUGCAGCAACCAAUUUUUAGUUGCGUUAGCCAAUCGAAAUCCUAUACUGACAUUGCGGAUAGGCUAACAACAAUUGGUUGCAGCAACCAAAAAUUGGCUGUUGCAAUUAAAAAUACUAUGCCAUAUUUUAUAAUCUAAUUUGCUA